GGAGUCAGACCAAGUCAACCUCCCUGGAUCUCCUCUCUCUGUACAAGACCGUAUCCAUGUGGAAGGCUAUGAGUCGCGGUGAGAAGGAGGUAAACCGGGCAGUACUGGUGUCCGUGGAAACGUUCGACCCUGGAGUUGAGUUGUCCAGGAGACCAGGAGCCGGCAGAGACACAAAGAGACUCCACCGCGUUCUGAGGAAGCUCGGCUUCAAAGUGGACAUACACUCUGACCUCACCGCCCGGGAGAUCUACGCACUCUUUCAGAAAGAGAGCAAGAAAACAGUGGAGGGCUGUUUCCUGGCGGUGUUUUCGACGCACGGAGAGGAAGGGUGUGUGUUCGGAGCGGACGGGGAGCCAGUCAGACUGUCUCGCAUUUUCAGCUACUUCAACAACCCACACAUGGAGGGCAAGACCAAGAUGUUCUUCAUCCAGGCAUGUCGAGGACAUGAGUUGGACGCUGGGGUCGAGGUGGAGACCGAUGCGGCAGGAAGCGAGGACACGGAGGAUACCUUUGCGCAAUACCAGUCCAUUCCCAUAGAUACAGCCGUGAUGUACGCCACAGUACCAGGCUACGCAGCGUUCAGUCACCCCCUGGGCGCUGUCUUCCUCCAGACUCUCUGUGACUUGCUGGAGGAGGAGGGGGGGCGUGGCCUGGAGCUAACCCGCCUCACGACACGCCUCUCCCACCGCGUAGCCUUCAGGUUCCAGGCCAAAGGUCGACAUCUGGCCGGGAAGAAGGAAAUGCCCUGCUUGGUUUCACGGCUGACGAGAGAUGUGUUCCCGUUCGCUGAGCCAGGGAAGGAGUGUGAAGAAAAAGGGCUCAGUACCACGUCAUUGGUCAGCACAGACAACAUCAGACCUCGGAAACACUCCAUCAGUUAGUCGGUUGGUUAGUUGGUGUGUGUGUGUGUGUGUGUAUGCUUUUAGUGUCAUGACCAGGUGUAUUGGUGACAAUUUCAGACAUAGUAGGGUUACCCUACUUGUGCAACGUCUUGUAACUUUUCCAAAUUCAAUUCUUGCCUGGUAGCUUGGCUCGUCGAAUUGAUCUUUAUCAGAAGAUAUAACCUUUCCAAGAAAUACUCAUUUUCUCUGUGAACCUAAAAGUGUUUUGAAUAUUUUCCGUUUUAUAAUAUGUGUUGCUGUUUAGUGUAUGUCUAUGAAGUCUAUGUAUACCCUUUGUUGUGAAUAAAGUCAAAAGUAUUUUUGAA